AUGGCAACUUUCAACUUUUCAGAGGAGUCACAGUUUAUAUUCGACCUGGAGAAGACCGUCAAAAGAUACGCGGAUCAUUUCGCAGCUCGACACGAAACCUCCGUAGAUUUUGUUGACAUCUCGGCAGAGCAUGCUCUGAUGCAGGAGCGCGGGGUGUACAAAAGGUUCAAGCUGACCGUGACAGCGACUAACAUGGAGUUUGGAGAUGCCAUCGGGGAACACAGACAACCCACACAGGUCUACACCACCACGUUUACAAACAGACAGAGGACGGAUGCAAUAUACAGCGUAUCGCAUUCCUACACAAACACAGAGUCUGCUGCCUCCAAGUUGGUGAAGGGAUUCCAGACGAACUACAAAACCACCUUUUCUAUCGGAGCACCUCUUAUUGCUAGUGUAGGCGGCUCGUAUAGCUUCCAGUACAGCCUCAGCAAGACGAAGAGUGACAUACACACCAAGAUCGAAACGUUGAAAAUCGAGGUCAAGGUGGCCGUGCCGAGUAACAAGACGGUUCAAGUCACGUGGUACGUCAUCAACAAUGUCGUGGACUUUCCUUGGACAGCCACGGUAAUUGUCAGAGGACGGUUUGCCGUCUGGUUCGACCGGAAAGUCGACGAUCACCAUCUCUGGUUCUUCCCUGCCUCCGUCUUGGCCCAUAUAGAUGCCAACCUGACCAUCAUCGAUCGUUUUACUGUCAGCUUUGAGGCCGAAGGUUUCUUCAGGAAGGUCGCCACCCACGACUCCAGGGUCUUUACGUACGAGUUGGAGAGCUCCAGACGAGCGACGCCCGCGACUUCGACGCGACCAAAGAAGUUUAUAACGCCGUUCCCUUUACAGUAG